UCGGAAUAGGGUUAGGGCUCUCGCUAUGGAUUCCUCCUCCGAGGACGACGUGCCGCUCGCGGCGCGCUUCAAGAAGGCCAAUCCAGCCAAGGAUUCGGACGACGAGGACGACGUCCCCCUCGCCCGGCGCAUCUUUUCCGCGAGAGCGCGCAAUCCCGGAGCGGAGCAGCACGCCAGCUCCUCCAAGGAUGGAUCGGUGGCGGCGGCGCCGGCUUCCGCCGAUUCCAACGCCAGCGGGAGGAAGAGGCCCGCGCCAGCGUCCGCCAAUGGCAUUUCCAAGAAAUCCAAAGUCGAGGUGAGCUCCAGCGAUGAGGAGAGUGAGGAGGAGGAUGACGAAGACGAGGACGAGGACGUUCCCAUUGGGAAGCGUUUUGGGGGCGAUAGUGCGAAGCCAGGGAAGAAGGGAGUGACGAAGGGGAAGGCUAGGAGCAAGAAACCCAGAAAGGGGAGUGUUGCUGAGCCAAAAUGGACGACGCUGGAGCACAAUGGCGUGCUCUUUCCCCCGCCGUAUAGCCCGCAUGGAGUGAAGAUGCUCUACAAUGGUCGGCCAAUCGAUCUUACACCAGAAGAAGAGGAGAUCGCGACGAUGUUUGCCGUGAUGAAAGACACUGACUACGCAACCAAGCCCGUCUUUGUCAAGAACUUUUGGGAGGACUGGAAGAAAGUUCUUGGUCCAAAGCACGUCAUCCAGAAGCUUGAGCUGUGCGACUUCACUCCUAUUUUCGACUGGCAUGCCGCGGAGAAAGAGAAGAAGAAGCAAAUGAGUGCAGAGGAGAAAAAGCAACUGAAAGAGGAGAAGGCGAAAGCAGAAGAACGUUAUGCAUGGGUUCUGAUCGAUGGUGUCAAAGAGAAGGUUGGAAAUUUUAGAGUGGAGCCUCCUGGCCUUUUCCGGGGCCGCGGCGAGCAUCCCAAGAUGGGAAAGCUGAAACGGCGCAUUUUUCCUGAAGACAUUGUACUCAACAUUGGAAAAGAAGCACCAGUUCCAGAGUGUCCACUUCCUGGUCACAAGUGGAAGGAAGUCAGACACGAUAACACCGUUACCUGGCUUGCGUUUUGGAACGACCCGAUCAAUGUGAAGGAGUUUAAGUACGUGUUUUUGCAUCAAAGUAGUAGUUUGAAGGGCAAGAGCGAUGAGGAGAAAUACGAUAAGGCUAGGAAGCUUACGUCAAAAAUUGAUAGCAUACGGGAAUCUUACACAAAGGAUUUUAAAGAGAAGGAUGUGGAAGCACGGCAGAUUGCGGUGGCCACGUAUCUUAUUGAUAGGCUUGCUCUGAGAGCAGGAAACGAAAAGGAUGACGAUGAAGCUGAUACGGUUGGCUGCUGCUCGUUGAAAGUGGAGCACGUCUCUCUUUCCCCUCCGAACUCGCUUGAGUUCGAUUUUCUGGGUAAAGACUCCAUCAGGUACCAAAACUCUGUGGUUGUAAACGAAGAGGUAUACGACGCUAUACACGAUUUCAAGAAAGGGAAAAAGGAAGGGGUUGACCUCUUUGAUAGGUUAGAUACUUCUAAGCUUAAUGCCCAUCUGAAGAAGUACAUGCAAGGUCUAACAGCGAAGGUGUUUCGAACGUAUAAUGCGUCAUAUACUUUGGAGACCCAGUUGAAGGAGACGCUUGGUGCGACUCUUAACGAGAAAACUGCAGAAUACUCCCGAGCAAAUAAGGAGGUCGCGAUUCUAUGUAAUCAUCAACGGACAGUAUCCAAGGGCCAUAGUGCUCAGAUGGAAAGAUUGGAGGCAAAGAUUGCAGAGUUAAAGACAUUGCGUGAGGAACUUGCAACAGACUUGGGGAAAGUUAAAAAGGGCAAACCCCCAGUCCACAGCACGGCUAAAAGGCCUCCAACCGCAGAACAGUUGGAAAAGAAGUUGGCUCAAACUGAUGCAAGGAUAGCGAAGAUGACCUUGGAUCUGUCCGUUAAAGAAGAUCUCAAAACCGUGGCGCUGGGAACGUCAAAGAUCAACUACAUGGAUCCUCGAAUAACGGUCGCUUGGUGCAAGCGUCACGAAAUUCCCAUUGAGAAGGUUUUUAAUAAGUCAUUGCUGGCCAAAUUCGCGUGGGCAAUGAACGUAGAGCCCAACUUCAGAUUUUGUGAGGCUGAUGGUGGUGCGGACGAAGACCCUUGAUUCUUUGAAAUAUAUAUCGUCUCCGGGUAUGCUUCCUCGUUCCCGCUGGCUAGAAGUAGAGAGAAAUACUUCGAAGAUCGGAAGAAGGGAGUGACUCUCCUCUGCCAAUAUAACGUCAACACUUGCGAGACUCUA